GCUAUACGUUGCUAUACUAUACACUGCGCUACGUUCAUGAGUGUGCACAUUUGAGAAGUGUCAAUGCUUAUGAAAAGAAUGCUCAUUUAAUACUACGUAUGAUCAGUAAAUUCUAUAUUCCAUCAGUUAUUUAAUUUAAUAGAAACGUUUGAGAGAUAAGAGAUCAAAGAUAUGGAUCGACUUCUGAGAUUAGGUGGAGGUAUGCCAGGUCUGAAUCAAGGACCUCCAACUUCAGAUGCUCCGGUUGUUGACACUGCAGAGCAGGUAUACAUAUCGUCAUUAGCACUUUUGAAAAUGCUGAAACACGGACGUGCUGGUGUACCCAUGGAAGUAAUGGGUCUGAUGCUUGGAGAAUUUGUUGAUGAUUAUACUGUUCGUGUUAUCGAUGUGUUUGCUAUGCCGCAAACUGGAACGGGAGUCAGCGUAGAGGCAGUUGAUCCUGUAUUCCAAGCAAAAAUGUUAGAUAUGCUUAAACAGACAGGUCGGCCAGAAAUGGUUGUUGGAUGGUACCAUUCUCAUCCAGGAUUUGGUUGCUGGCUUUCUGGUGUAGAUAUUAACACGCAACAGUCGUUCGAAGCUCUUAGCGAAAGAGCAGUCGCUGUUGUUAUUGAUCCCAUACAAUCUGUGAAAGGAAAAGUUGUUAUAGAUGCAUUUAGACUAAUUAAUCCAAAUAUGAUGGUUUUAGGCCAAGAACCCCGUCAAACUACAUCCAAUUUAGGUCAUCUGCAAAAACCAUCGGUUCAAGCUUUGAUUCAUGGCUUAAAUCGUCAUUAUUAUAGUAUUAGUAUUAACUAUCGCAAAAAUGAAUUAGAACAGAAGAUGCUGUUAAAUUUACACAAAAAGACGUGGAUGGAUGGUCUUACCCUUGCUGAAUAUUCAGAACAUAGUAGACUGAAUGAAAAUAUUGUAUCUGAGAUGCUUGAACUUGCGAAGAAUUAUAAUAAGGCAUUAGAGGACGAAGAAAAAAUGACACCUGAACAAUUAGCUAUAAAAAAUGUGGGUAAACAAGAUCCAAAACGGCAUUUAGAAGAAAAAGUGGAUACACUCAUGGCUACAAAUAUUGUUCAGUGUCUGGGUGCUAUGCUCGAUACAGUUGUAUUUAAAUAACUAUUUCUUAAACGACAAUUUGCACUAUAUUAUUAAAAAUACAUCUUUUUGAAAUGUGUUCAUAACCUGUACUCAAAAAUAGUGCAUACAAUACAGAAUUUUUUUACUA